GACGUUACGGUUGGAGUCGCAACCUCAAGCUUGCGCAACAUCCCGCAGAGGCCGACAGCUAGAUCCUGGUGUUAACAAGAGGAGCUUUCGACUCGAGUUGCCAUAUCAUCUCAACCUCAGUCUGUGCAGCUGGGCACGCACCCGUCCGUAAUAUCGCAACGGCCCGAAACAUCCAUGACGGAUCCCGCCGGUUUUGCUCUUUAAGGCCCCAAGGCGCAAGCUGUUGCUUCUCGGACAAGGUCGCCCUAGCACCCCCUGACAGAACGGGAAUCCGGAACAUCAACACCACAGCCCGAGGCCUCCGGACCUCAGCACGCAACCGACCAUGAGGCGCUGGGCGUACGCUUUUCUAUUACUGGCGUUGUCCGUAUGGACAACAGCCGCGCUGGAAGUGAAAUUGGGCCCGUCAGACAACCAACGAUGCGCCGGCAUGUAUAGCAAGAAGUCGUGGGGCGGCCCGGUCGACCCGUACAUUCGUGUCAAGUUUACCGACGUUGGCAAGGACCAGGGCGACGACCCUAUCGUCAGCUUGCUUAUCUUCGACUGGAUGGACCAGGACUAUAUCGGGAUAGACACGCCGGAUGACCCGCAGAAGAUCGGCAUCUGCGAGCCGCAGUACGUCGAGGCCGGGUUCUGCAACCAGACCGACAUUGGCAAGUUCAUCCUCUCGCCCAACGCCACCGAGAAGUCGGUCAACUAUAUCUUGACCAAGGCGAUGCACCUGAAAGACUCGGCGCCGAUCAAGUAUCCCAUCACCAAGACGGGCUACUUCUGCGUGGUGACCGAGAACUUCCCGCUGGGUUCAGACGGCGCCUAUGAGGCCAUCGUCGAAUUCCGUAACGCCUAUGGCGAGCUCCCCGCCACCCAGAUCCCGAAGCUGCCGUUCUAUGGAGGGAUAACGAUCGCCUAUGCCGUGGUCCUGGUCUUCUGGGGGUUCCUCUACUUCCAGCACCGGACGGACAUUUUGGCCGUGCAGAACUAUAUAACGGCGAUUCUCAUCUUCCUUGUCAUCGAGAUGCUGAUGACUUGGGGCUUUUACGACUACCUCAACAGGAACGGCUCGAACGUCGGCUCCCAGGUCUUGCUGGUGGUGGUCGCCGUCCUCAACGCGGCCCGCAACUCGUUCUCCUUCUUCCUCCUCCUCAUCGUCUGCAUGGGCUAUGGCGUGGUCAAGCCCACGCUGGGCCGCACCAUGAUCUACGUGCGGUGGCUCGCCAUUGCCCACUUCGUCUUUGGCAUCGUCUACGCCAUCACCAGCUUGGUUGUCAACCCGGAUAGCGCCGGCCCCUUCGUACUGCUCAUUGUGCUCCCCUUGGCCGGCACGCUCACCGCCUUCUACGUCUGGACGCUGAACUCGCUCAACGCCACGCUCAAGGACCUGCGCGAGCGCAAGCAGCACGUCAAGGAAUUCAUGUACCGCAAGCUGUGGUGGUGCAUCCUGCUCUCCAUCCUCGUCAUCUUCGGCUUCUUCUUCUUCAACUCGUUCUCCUUCGCGUCCGCCCGCGACCCGGACUACGUCCCUUUCCACUGGAAGACGCGCUGGUUCGUGCUCGACGGCUGGCUCAACAUUGUGUACUUUGCAGACGUGGCCUUCAUCGCCUACGUCUGGCGGCCGACGGCGAACAACCGGCGCUUCGCCAUGAGCGACGAGAUCGCGCAGGAGGACGACGGGACCUUUGAGAUUGCCAAUCUGGAUAUUGGGAACCCGGAUGAGUCGGAUGAUGAGGAGGCGCGGGUGGAGAGUGCGAAGCAACCGCAGAAUGGUGGUACUACGGCGCCCGCGGCUGGCGGCCAGUCUGCUUCUGGAAGCAGGCAACAACCGCAGCAGCAGCGGUCUCAACCGGCCGCGGCCGCGAGCAAAUCACCAAGGGAGUCGCUUGAUGGCGAGACAAUCUUUGCCGUGGGCGAGGACGGGGAUAAAUUCUCGGACGACGAGAGCGGGGAAGAAUCCGGCCUCGUGCGGGCAAGGAAGUAGAGGAGUCGGGCUUUUCUAGACAGUCGCGGAGAGGGAGGCUUUCAGUUAGUACCGAGAGUUCAAAACGGGUGGACAAUUGAUGGGAUAGCCGAAGUUUGAAAUUCCAUUGUAAUGUACUAUAGUGACGGGUGGCGUUGGCGGAGGGCAUUUUUGGUAUUCACUAUUUGCAUCAUGUUAUCUCAGGGAUACUGUGGUAAUAUAAACAGACUGUGGUGACGGUCAUGACGGCC